AUGUGCAGGCACUACGUGGUGCUCUUCCCCUCUACCUUCUACUACCCAUACACGGGCAAGGUGCACGUCCACCUCAUGGACCUGGAUGCACCUGUGAGGGUCAGCCUCCACCUGGAAAGCAGCCACCGUGUCCCUGACGUUGUCCUGGAGGAGCAGGGCAGUGGUGUCCUGCAGCUGGACUGGCCUCGCUUCCUCAACAUCUCUGCUGGUCACGACGAGUUCUACGAGACAGCAGAGCUGCAGCUCUCCAUCCAGGGAGGCUCCCUGCAGGUCUUCAGGAAGAAGUCGGUUCUGCUGGAGCCCAUGGAGCUGGGAGUGCUGUUCCAGACAGAUAAGGAUUCCUACGAGCCUGGGCAAACUGUGAAGCUUCGAAUCGUCUGCUUGGACCACAACUUGAUGCCCAGCAACAAGGAGCUUCCCUUGGUGGCCAUAAAGGACCCCAACUUUGAGCCUGUGAAGACGUGGCAGAAGGUGAGGCCACUGCAGGGCAUCGUGGAGCUGUCCUACCUGCUGCCCUCGGACUCUGAGCUGGGCACCUACACCAUCUCGGUGGGCAGGAGGAGCCGCGAGUUCAGCGUGGAGAAGCAGGGGCUGCCGCACUUCGCAGUGCUGCUCCAGCUGCCCCGCAGCGUCACGGUGGAGGACACGAAGAUCCCAGUGGGAGUCUGCGGGCGCCAUCCACCCACCUCCUCCUCCCUGGACAGGAACCCGUCAGGGAAACCUUUCCGGGGAAAGGCUGAGGCCAAGCUGUGCCAGUACAGACGCCUCCCGGAGGGAGCCACCAGCAUCUGCGCUGUCUUUAGGGGCCAGACAGGGAGGGACAGCUGCUUCUUCACCGAGGUGCCAACGGCUCCCUUCGACCUCAGCAGCCCCCACUCCAAGCAGCACCUCUAUGCCUUCGGCUGGCUGCAGCAGCAGGGCACUGGGCUGCAGCACACAGCCAUCCAAACCUGCAAGAUCGUGAAGGAAACAGCCACAAUCAGCUUCCAGAGCUCUGAGUUCUACAAGCCUGGGGUUCCCUACACAGCCACGAUGAUGCUGAAGGGACCCAAAGGCUCAGUGCUAAGGGGGCAGGAGUUCUUCCUUGUGAUCAACAACGUGACAGGAGUGCUGGGGAUGCAAAGCCUGCUCACAGAUGAGUUGGGGAGAGCCUCUGUGCAGCUGGACACCUCUGGCUGGAGUGACAAGAUCACCCUGCAUGGUGCAUUCAAGGAUGAUCCUCCAGCUGCAGAGCCUGAAAUCCUGGGCCAGUCCUACUACCAAAGUGUGGUUCACCACCUCUACCCCACCUCCUCGGGUGGAAGAAGCUUCCUGAGGAUCCACAGGGUGGCAAAGGAGCUGCCUUGUGGCCAGCCCCUGCAGCUGGAGGUGGACUACCUGUUGGAGCAGGAGGCUGUGGGGAUGGAGCUGCACAGCUUGGAUGUGGUCUUCCUGGUCCUGGCCAAAGGGGCCAUUGUCACUGUCCUCAGGAAAGAGCUGACUGCAGAGCCUGGGCUGAGAGGCUCCUUCUCCCUGGAGCUGCCCAUCAGCCUGCAGCUGGCACCCAGGUUCAGGGUGCUUGGCUACAUGGUGCUGCCCCAUGGUGAGAUGGUGGCUGACAGCACCAAGUUCAACGUGACCAAGUGCUUCCCCAGCCAGGUGAACCUCUCCUUCUCAGAGCAGAGGGCUGUGGUGGGCUCACAGCUCCACCUGAAGCUGCAGGCUGCCCCAGGCUCACUCUGUGCCAUCUACAGCCUGGACCAACGCACUCAGCCCUCUGGUUCCAAGGCCAAGCUCAACCCUGACUUGGUCUAUGCCACAAUCCCCAGGUUCUACCCAGACACCCACCCGUUUGCAGCAGGAGAGAAUGACCUCCCCCUCUGCCCACAGAGUGGGUUUUGGGAACCCAUUGUAUCUCUGCCAUCCACCAGCUGCUUUGAAGUGCCAGGCAAAGACAGCUGGAAACGUUGCCUCCACAACCUGGUGCCCAGGUCUGCAGAGGUGCCAGGCUCUGCCACCCUGCUCAAGGAUUCACGUUUGAAAAUCAUCACCAACACCCACCUGGGUUGUGCCUCCAAGGGUUGGUACCAGACAUUUGAAAGCUCUCUCUUCACCAAAGGAGAGAACCUGGAGGACAUUGAGCAAGCAGGGGUCCUGCAGGACACAGGGAUGCAGAGCAAUUGGUUGAGGACGUGGCUGUGGGAGCUGGUCCCUGUGGGGGAGAGUGGCUCCGCGGAGCUGGCAGUGACAGUGCCCGACACCAUCACCACCUGGGAAGCUGGCAUGCUCUGCACGUCUGCACUGGGCUUGGGGCUGGCUCCUGCCACCACCCUGGCAGCCUUCAAGCCCUUCUUCGUGGAGCUGGCACUGCCCCACUCCGUGGUGCACCAGGAAGCCUUCACCCUGGUGGCCACCGUCUUCAGCUCCCUGCAGCAGUGCCUGCGGGUCCAGGUGACACUGGUGGCACCCGUGGAGCUGGAGAUGCUGGCAGGCACAAGCAGGUCCUCCAGAGGCUGCGUCUGCCCGGAGGGACCCAGGACCUUCCGCUGGAGCCUGCGAGCCACCAGCCUGGGGCAGGCCAUUGUCACGGUGACUGCCAGGACCUUGCCCUCCGGGAAGCUCUGUGGCACACAGGUGCCCGCGGUGCUCAGCCAGGAGCAGGUGGACACCGACACCAGGCUGCUGGUGGUGCAGCCUCCAACAUCGAAGUGAAGGAAAACUGCAGCUGCCUCCUGUGCCUCCCACAGCCCUGUCAUACCCUCCAGGCACCCAUCCCCAGGGCUGGCAGCCUCUUCCCAUCCCCUGCUCCCCUUCACCUGACCCAGCCUGAGCAAUGUGGUUGAGAUGAAGACUCUGAGCCCUCCACAGAGUCCUGGUUUGAGUCUCCUCCACCUGACCCAGCCUCAGCAGUGUGGUUGAGAUGAAGACUCUGAGCCCUCCACAGAGUCCUGGGUUGAGUCUCCUCCACCUGACCCAGCCUGAGCAAUGUGGUUGAGAUGAAGACUCUGAGCCCUCCACAGAGUCCUGCUCUGAGCUAAUGCCACUGCAGCCCCUUGGAGAGAGGUGAGAGCAGGUGAGCAGAGCCUGGGCUGGCAGCAAGGCUUGGGAGAUGAGUGGAGGCCUGAGGGCUGGGCAUGGAGAGGGUGCUCAGGGGUGCCCUGGGUGCAGCCCUGUGCCCACUCAACCAGGCUGGAAAAUGGAGACAUAUUCAAGUGGGCUAAGGGAAGUGGAAGCAGCAAAAUGUUUCUCUUGCAAGAAAGCUUCUUUUGGUCAGGCUCUUGCCCACCACUGCUGACCAGAACUCAGCUGGUGUCAGAAGCUCAGCUCUGCUCAGUGGUGGCCCAGAGGGGCUGCAUCUUCUCUUUGCUGUGCUGAAUAAAGAGCUGAAC